UGUCCUGGCAGGGCCAAAGUUCUCGGCUCGUGGCAGAGGCGCUGCUGUCGAGCGAGCGAGCGCGAGGGCGAGGGAAUCCGAACCCGUUCCCGCAGAGCAUUUACCUACCGACCGACGCCCGCAGCAUAGAUAGAUAGACUGCUGGAUAGAUAGGAAGGACGACGAGGCGCAGAAGGACGAGCUGCAGCAGCAGCAGCAGCAGCGGGAGGAGCGAUCGAGCGGACGAGCAAACGACGGAACGAGCGCUGGACGAAACAAGGCUCGCACUUGUUCUCUCUCCACUUCUGUCUGCCCUGCGGCUUUGACUUUGGAGACGAAGCAGAGCAGAGGAGCAGGAAAGCGGCAGCAGGGAGUUUGUGGCUGGAAGGACUGCAUGGCGUGCAUUAGCGCGGCUUUGCGAGCGAUGGCUCGAGCGACGACGGUCGAGUGAGUAGGGGGAGCGCGAGCGAUGAGGGUGGUGUGUGUCGGCGACGAAGAAGCUCGCGAGGAGUGAGUGAGUAGAGCGGUAGAAGUGCAGCCAGAAGCAGGAGGACGAGCGAGCGAGCGAGAGAAAGAAAGAGAGAGUGAGAGAGCAAAUUGCUUCGUGCGAGCCGGACUUAGGUCGUGGCAGAGCAUGGAUCCGUCGCCGGGGCGACUAAUUUGAGAGGGAUCUGGUGUUGCGUCUGGAGUUGGAGCCUCGUUUGGUCCUGGGCGUGUGUUUCAGGAGGGGGUGAGGUGAGACUGAGGCUCGAGGACUGACAGGCGGUCGACGACGAGAGUGCAAGGGAAGCAGCAGAACGAGCGAGGAAGAGGAGGAAGAGGAAGCUCGGCUUGGCUUGGCUCGUCGGUCGGGGCAAUCAAUCGGUCGAGGCUGCGAGGGCGGAGGGUCGCCGGGGUCAUAUCCAUUCGUCAAAAUUGCUAAAAUUGCGCCACCGCUCUCCGGCUCCUUUCUGUUUGGGAUGCCCGGGCCAAGCCCUGGGUGUGGGACAAUGAGCGGAACGAAUAUCAAGAUGGAGAAAUCGGAGGAGUCGAUGGGAGGAGGAGGCAAGGGCUGGGGCGGGGGCAGAGAUCGAGAUUCAUCGUCGGACGGAGGAGGGGGCUCGGGCGAGAACACGGGCCUGGAUCCGCAGCUGUGGCACGCCUGCGCAGGAGGCAUGGUGCAGCUGCCGCCCGUGGGCGCCAAGGUCAUCUACUUCCCGCAGGGCCAUGGAGAGCAGGCGGCCACGCCGCCCGAAUUCCCAAGAAUGAUGGGCCCGCAGGGAACAAUUGGGUGCCGAGUGGUGUCGGUGAGCUUCUUGGCCGACACGGAGACGGACGAGGUGUAUGCGCGCAUCCGCCUGCAGCCGCUGGAGCGCGAGGCCGCCAUGUCCAUCGCCGACUCGACGCUCGACGCGGACGGGGGCCCGUCGUCGCCCCCGCCCGAGAAGCCGGCCUCGUUCGCCAAGACGCUCACGCAGAGCGACGCCAACAACGGAGGCGGAUUCUCGGUGCCGCGCUAUUGCGCCGAGACCAUCUUCCCGCCGCUCGAUUACUCCAUCGAUCCGCCCGUGCAGACGGUGCUGGCCAAGGACGUGCACGGCGAGCGAUGGAAGUUCCGCCACAUCUACCGCGGCACUCCGCGCCGGCACCUGCUCACCACCGGCUGGAGCACCUUCGUGAAUCAGAAGAAGCUCGUGGCCGGCGACGCCAUUGUGUUUCUGCGCACCGCCAGCGGCGAGCUCUGCGUCGGCGUGCGCAGGUCGAUGCGUGGCACGGGCGGCGCCGAUUCCUCGACCUGGUCCGGCGGAUCGUCGACCUCGCACCAUCGCCCCAAUCGCUGGGAGGUCAAGGGCACCGAGAGCUUCUCGGACUUCCUCGGCAACGACAGCGCUGCCGGAGGCGGCUCGGUCUCGAGCGCAGGCUCCGCUGCAGGCCCCGGAGGCCCUCGCGCUGGCCCCGGCGGCAGCAACUCGGGCCCCGGGAUUGGCAUCCCCGGCCCUUCCACCACCAGCAGCUUCGCGCGCAAUCGAGCUCGCGUCACCGCGCAGUCGGUGCUCGAGGCCGCGUCGCUGGCCGUGCAGGGCCAGCCCUUCGAGGUCGUCUACUACCCUCGCGCCAGCACGGCCGAGUUCUGCGUCAAAGCGCAGGCCGUCAAGGCGGCCCUCGAUCACACCUGGUUCCCGGGCAUGCGCUUCAAGAUGGCCUUCGAGACGGAGGAUUCGUCGCGGAUCAGCUGGUUCAUGGGCACCAUCUCCGCGGUGCAGCCCGCCGACUCGCUCUGGCCCAAGUCUCCGUGGCGCGUGCUUCAGGUGACAUGGGACGAGCCGGAUUUGUUACAGGGAGUGAGCCGCGUGAGUCCCUGGCAGGUGGAGUUGGUGUCGACUCUGCCGAUGCAAUUGCCUCCGUUCUCGCUGCCGAAGAAGAAGUUGAGGGCGGCUCAGCCCUCGGACAUGAAUAUGCAAGGCCAAGGGCUGAUGGGCAUGCCCAUCACACUACCUUCGGUUUUUGGGCAAAUCAACCCCUGGGCGCACGGACUUACCAUGGAGGAAGUUACUGCGGGCAUGCAGGGAGCCAGGCAUGAUCGAGUUUUUGGGCUUGCCUUGUCGGAGAAAUUCCGGCCUGGUAAACUCCCAGGUGGGUUUUUUUCAGCAGCAGAGGGUUAUUAUCCGGAUCAUGCUGGACGAGGUGGCGGUGGGGAGCCUCACCUUAGUGCAUUCCCGCUCCAGGAUCGUGCGAGCAACAUUUCUUCCCUGAUCAGCUCGCUGGGCAGCGUUCCGCCCAGUGGUGACCACGGAUCGGCCGGCGCCUUGCUGGUCCCGGCCGGGUCCUGGUCCGGGGGCUCUGCGAACAACAAGAGUGCUUCCACUCAGCUGGUGCUGUUCGGCCAAGCAAUCAACACCGACUCCAACAAGAGCCAGCCCCAACACUCAGGCGGGAGCUCGUGCGACGGCCCCUCGCUCCAACACUUGAAAGAGGAAUCGUCCGGCAAGCGCAAGGAUUCGCCUUCCGAAUCCAACCAGAAUGAGAAUUUCGAGAGGGGCCAGAAGUACAUGUCUGGCAGUCUGAGCAACGGCAAACAGUCGGAUCUCAUAGUGGGCGAGUUUCAGAAGUGGGUGCCCGGGUUGGACAAGGAGAGAGGUGCCGGAGAGAAGCUCGCCGCAUCCCCUGGUGAGUCCUUCUCGCACUGCAAAGUUUUUAAAGAAAACGAUGAGGUUGGACGGACAGUCGACCUUUCCCAAUUUUCGUCAUAUGAGGAACUGUAUGACAGGCUUGGGGCGAUGUUCGGUCUUGAACAGAAGGUUCCACUGAACGCGAUGUUCUAUAGAGAUGGAGAAAAUUACACACGAAACGUGGGAUGUGAGCCUUACAGAAAUUUUGCAAAGUCCGCAAGGCGCCUGGUGAUCCGUGUCGACCCCUCUAGCAACGGCAAAACGCGGUCGCAGUAGCAGGCUAGGCACCAUUGACAGUAUGCUUGACAGUCGACCGUGCCUUGGAAAUUGUCAGAUGUAUUUUGUAGGUAGACCUCCUUAACAUACCUAUCUCGAGGAGCACUGGCUUAGGAAGCAGUUGGUGUCACACAGCAGAAACAGAAGCACUCGUGCUGUAGAACCAACCGAAAACCUUCGGACAGGACUCAGGCGGUCUUCUCUCUCGUGGAGCACUUUCUGCUUCGGGAAGAAGAUGGUUAUCUAUUGAAAUUCUAAGAAGCUGACCUAGCAGCAGCGAUGCCACCUCCCGCUUUAAUGUACAUAGUUGUGGGAAGAGGCUAUUGCGUUGGCGGACGAACUUUGUAGUUGGAGCAGUUAUUUCAAGGAGUCUUCAUCUGCAACUGGCUGUAGGCUUUGGGUCUUAUUUUUUGUUUUAGAAACAUGACGCACCUUGUGGCAGGUACUCUUGAGAAACUCUUAGCUGCAAAAUGUAUGUUAUUUCCUCCCCAAGUGUAAGUACAGGGCGAUUAUCGUUUCCAACUAAGAAGAUGAACCUUUCUGCCAAAUUGCGUAUACGGCUGAGACCCUGUUGUGACUCGAAGACGUGAAAGCCAAAUCUGGUCUCUAUCACAGCCUUUUGUACCUUACAGAGGACUGGACAAAAUUAAAUUAUUUCGGGAUCAUACUUCAGGGGGGCCUAGUUCGGGAACCGUAGCAUACCCUCUUCACGGCAAUUUUUUUCUGCAUAUAUGAGACAUUGAAGGACGGCUACCCUGGCUUUUUGAGUUGUAAAGCUGUAAAAUUCCCAAUCAAGAAAGUCGGAAAUCGUGUUCGAAUUCAUC